ACAUAAACCUUCAUUUAGUAAAAGUCUUGGAAAUGGUCCAAAUCCGGUUGUUGGUAGAGUCAUAAUUCAAACUGAAUGGUUCAAACCAAUAUAAAAGGAUUUGGGUAGUUUUUUUCGUUUAAAGGUAUGUCAUAGAAUACAUUUUGAUAUACUUUUGGGUCCAUCACUCUAAAUGAUGAUUUUAUUAAUUUAUCCUUACAUUUUUUGGGAAACACGCUUGUCUGACUGAGCAUAACUAAUAACAUAAAAGCCAAUUUAUUAUCAGUGAUCUGUACCACCUGUUUGGAAAAAGUCCUCUGUGUGAGAAUAUAACAAAGCAUUUUCAGCCCAGCAAAUUUACUUUUUGUGAUUGUCUUUCUUCUUCUUCUUCUUCUUCUAAUUCACAAACAAAGUUCAUCAGAAAACCAAUAUUUCUGGUCCUUGAAGAAGCUAUGACAAAAAGCAAAAUUUUAAAUCACUUCACUUUGUUGUUGAUCCUUAUAGUCUACACCUGUUUUCUAAAGGGAGUAACCUCAGAAGAUUACAUAGUUGGUGAUGGUGAUGAAUGGAACAGCCAAGGCAACUUUUUAACUUGGUCAACAAAGUACAACUUCACUGUUGGUGAUGUGCUUGUUUUCAAGUACGUAAAGGGACAACACAAUGCAUAUGAGGUAGAUGAGAAAACGUUUCGAUCAUGUGAUGCGAGCAGCGGCGUGUUGACAAAGUAUGAGAGUGGAAAUGAUAAAGUCAAACUCACUGAAGCCAAGAAGUAUUGGUUUAUAUGUAAUGUAUCAGGCCAUUGCUUUGGUGGAAUGAGAUUUAGCAUUGAUGUUAAACAAGGUAAUAAUCCCUCUUCUGAUGAUACCAAUCCAACCACAGAUGGUUCUCCAACUUCUCAACCUGAUGAGCUGCCAGCAGUUCCACCUUCCAGCUCUAGUAGAAGCACUUUGUCCAGUGACACUUGGAAAAAUGGGAUUUACACUUUGGUAUUUGUGAUCUUAUUCAAAUUGUUUUAUUAAUGAAAUCAGCAAGUUUUGAUUUUUUUUUUUGUAAUUGUUGUGCAUAGUAACAUUCUUUCAGUUCAUAAAACAACCACUGAUCUUUAGCUUCCCAAGAUUUGUAGACACUAUGGUGUUGGGAAGUUAGUGUAUGAUGGCUGAAAGCUAUGUAUUUGGUACAUUUAUACAUACACAACGCACAUAGAACUUUAUUGGUAUGUCUGAAAUAAAUUUUUGUGUAAUGAUCAAGAUUAUUAGCAAAGAGCACAAGUGGCACACUAAGCAUUUAAACAUAUAGUGUGCUUUUUCUAUUUCUGUGGACCAAACAAAAACAGAUUCUCAGCAUCAAAUCUGAUACACUUUGCUGAGUUACACUAGAGUACUAAAUAUAUAUGACAUAUUGAAAAUUAAUAGAUUAUUCAGUAGAAAUCUUGCUUCCAUUUAAAACAUUAUGUUUUUAAGCUUGAAGUGAAGUGAGUUCUUAUCUCAUUUGAAGAACUGUAACUUAGUUAUGAAAUCAAUAAGAGGGCUGGUUGUGAAGAUGGUGCUGAUAGUCAAUGCUGCUGCUAUUAUCUGAAACUUUAGACAUCUCAGAUAAACC